GGUUCACGUGAUGCACCAGUUGAAUUAAUUCGAAACCUGGGCUAUCAAUCGACAAAGCAUGGCCAAUGCGCACUAGACCGGGAAUUCCGCACCAGCGCGCAGUGAACGCUAGCCUCUACUGCCGGGGUCGGCACGUCGUCUAGGAAUGUCAUCUAAGUCUGGGUCCAACUAAUCAAGGGCGGCAUGUCUGAUCCUCAUUUUAUCACCAUUGAGGACGCUAGCGAUGAGCAGCCACAGAUAACUGGGGAGAACAAUGGCCAAGAGCAUGCAUAUCUCGCUGACUCGGAGAACAUCGACGGUGAACAGCCAUAUGUGAAACAGAUCUGCUAUGACGAGUACCUGAAGAAAACUGUGGGUACCUACCUGAGUGAGAUUCUCAAGGACCUCAUCCAAGUCAUGCCACGUGAUCCCAUCCACUACAUAGCUGAGCACCUCUACAAGUGUGUCGACAACGACCUGUACCGGAGCGAGAAGACCAAGUUCCUGCUGGACCUCGAGAAGGCCAAGAGAGCUCUAGACGAGGAGAACAAAGCCAGGAAGCUGCGGCUCCACGCUCUGCUUGAGAACAUCAGGAACACAAAGAGAACCAGCGACCAAUUGUUCCAGCAGGAGUUUGAGGAAAUCAUGAAACUCCUCCUGUCUGGUCAGCCCAUUGAUGAUGAGACGUUACGGCGUCUGAUGGCUUUAGGGGCCAUGUUUGGUGUUGACUCGAUAGAUGAGAUCAUGGAACUCGGCAAGUCCAAGUCUAAGACGGAGAGGUGGGCGGGACAGUUCUUCAACAAGAUGCUGGAGGCACAGAAAGGAAAGCACUUCAGGCUGAGUGAUGAUACGUUGUCUGAUGCUGGCUACUUUGCGAGCCUGAUGGCCCCGAAAAUCGCUGAACUGAGAGACGCAGACGGUAAUGUCAUUGACCAAUCAGCUCUGGCCGCUAUGGGUGUGUACAAGGACGAGAACGGCGUGUACAGAGACAAGGCCGGCAACAUCCUGACCAGCGAGGACCUCCAGAACGCCGGGCUGGUGGUCAUAGAGGAGCCCAAGUCCAUCUUCAAGGGGAACUUUGACCGUGCCUAUGUGGGCGGGGCUGCGGUGGGUGGCGGCAAGUACCACGCCGAGCGGGGCGCCAUAGCAGACAGCAUCAAGGAGGGCACCUUCGGCCUGACCAAGCACGGGCUGCUGACCUUCACCUCUGACGGGCUGGGGCUCAUCCUGCCCAAGUUCUCAAACAACAUGUACGACUUCCUUGUGGACCAACUGACCAAGUGGAAGACCGAAGGCUUCGCCUGUGAGUCCCUGUACGACCACGAGAUCUACACCAUCUGCGAGCCAGACGCCGACACGGUCGACUACGGCGGGCGAGUCAGGAUGAGCAUCGAGGAGUUUCUAGAACCUACGUUUUACUCCAACAUCAUCGCUAAAAGAAGGGUGACGGAUAAGAAGGGGAAGAAACAAGCAGACAAGUCUGGAACACUCGGCAGCUCAGCUGAUGCCUCGGAACUGGAACUCUCCUCCCAGAAAAGUUCCCAGAAGGCGCCCCCGCCGGAUAUUAAGGAGGACCCUCAAGAGAAACCACAGGACUCAGAUGUAGACCAACCACAGGACACAGAUGUAGACCCACCAGAAUAGGACACAACUCAGGACACACAAUAGGACACACUAUAGAACGUCACCCGAUACACAAUAAGAUGCAAUAUUACAUACAAUAUUCAUACACGGCCACCCCACACGGCCACCCCACACGGCCACCCCACACGGCCACCCCACACGGCCACCCCACACGGCCACCCUACACCCCAUACAUAACACCCCAUACAUAACACCCCAUACAUAACACCCCAUACAUAACACCCCAUACAUAACACCCCAUACAUAACACCCCAUACAUAACACCCCAUACAUAACACCCCAUACAUAACACCCAUACAUAACACACUACACCCCACACCUUACACUCUACCCCCACACCUUACAUCCCCCCCCACACACACCACACACACUCCACACAACUUUAGUCCUGUCCGUCGGUCGAUCUUAGCACAAACACAUCAACUCUGCUUCACCUGUCCUGCAUCAGACAUGUAGUAAGACCCCUUGAUUGCUGAUCACGAAUCAAUAACUCGGAUCGAAUGAUCGACCCUUGACGUUGAAGUCCCAUCAACAAGCUGAACAUGGAUGAUAAUCAUCCAACAUGAGGCAUGACAGAUGACAGACAGAGCUAUAUGCUGCACGUCAUGCUAGUCAACAACACAUUAUUUUACACACCAUUCAAAUAUUUUCAGCAUUUAAUAAACACAUAAGAAAGUGCAAUUUUAUAGCACUUGAUAAAACACACAGUGCAAUUUUAGCACUUAAUAAAACACAUCACGAGAAAAUUGCAACACAAAAUUAAGCUCACCAUUAAUAAACUAAAAAAUAUUUUUUUUUUUAAAUUGAAAAAAAAAACACUUUAUACUUUUUAACAAAACCAUUUUUUAAUAUAAAACUAUCAAAAACAAGGUUAAAAAAACAUUUUAAACAAAAUAAGUGACAUAUGUGUCGUUUUCACACCGACACAAACACCUACACACAGACACACACACAAAGAGCGUGUAACUUGUAAACAGAGAAAAACUGUGCUAUAAAAUAUCAACACACCGUUGAAAAGCUUAAGCACCCAAAACAUAGGACUAGUACGUGUGUUAUGACUAGAUAAACAAAUGGACAGAAAAGUUGAUUGUUUGUGAAUUUUUUUUUCUCUAUGUGUGUAUCAGUUAGAGCACAUUUAUACAAAUGUUUCAAGCACAUCUACAAAAAAAAAACAACAUCAGCAACAUCUACAAUAACUAAACAAGAAAUACGACUACACGUGUGAAAACUAUGUAUGACUCAUUUCCGACACACAUCACAUCAACACACAUCACACCAACACACAUCACAUCAACACACAUCACAUCAACCCACAUUACACCAACACACAUAACAUCAACACACAUCACACCAACACACAUCACAUCAACACACAUCACAUCAACACACAUAACAUCAACACAGAUUAUGUUCAAAGGAAAUCACAUCAGCUAGCGUAUGCUAAAGAUAUGAGACUAAGUCAUAUAAAAAAUAUUUGUGUCCAAUAAAAUCACGA